CUGUGUAUUACUUUGUACACAAAUAAGAAUGACGUAGUCAGAAGUACACAUGCCAUUGCUGACUUUGGUUGAAAGUCGACUUGGAAAAUGAAAAAUAGUGUUUACUACAAUCGUAAUUGGAAACAUUUUCGCAAUAUCUUAAACACAUUUCAUUGUUCUUGUUCGUAUAGUGCAGGAACAGCUAGCAUUACUCCCGUAAGUCAGCAAAAAGGAAGUCAAUCAUUAAAUACCAACAUAGAUAGUCCUCUUACAGUUUACAAAUCAAUAGUGGACUCUGGACAACUGAGGUAUGAUGAAUAUCAGCUAAGUAUAGUGGAGAGAUUAGACCAGCUCCAUGGGACUCUGGAAAAUUACACACCGCCAUCAGAAGGCUUGUUUAGUAAGUUAGGCAUAAUUAAAAAACAGGAGCUGAAAGGACCUAAAGGACUUUAUUUAUACGGACAUGUUGGUUGUGGAAAAACUAUGUUGAUGGAUAUGUUCCAUGAACAUUGUAAAGUGAAGAAGAAAAGAAGAGUUCAUUUUCAUAAGUUCAUGUUAGAUGUACAUAAACGCAUACAUGCAAUAAAGCAAACUAUACCUCGUCAAUAUAAUGUAAAGACGACACAGUCAUUUGAUCCAAUAACACCAGUUGCCAAGGAAAUUAGUGAAGAAGCUUGGUUGUUGUGUUUUGAUGAAUUUCAGGUUACUGACAUUGCAGACUCAAUUAUAAUGAAAACUUUAUUUACAUCUUUAUUUAAUCAUGGUGUUGUUGUGGUGGCUACUUCUAACAGACCUCCAGAUGACUUAUAUAAAAAUGGCUUACAGAGAGGAAAUUUUGUUCCCUUUAUUGACACAUUGAAAAGGAGAUGUGAUGUUUUGUGUUUAAACUCUGGUGUAGAUUACAGAAUGGAAACACUACCAUCAUCAGGAAAAGUUUAUUUUUUAACCAGUGAUGUUAACAUGCAGACAGAAGUGGAUGAUAUUUUUCAUGAAAUAGCUGCUACUGAAAAUGAUGUUGAACGACCAAAAGUUUUAGAAGUGUUUGGCCGUGAAUUGUUAUUACCAAGAACCUGUGGCGGGUUGUUAGAUACAACAUUUAAUGAUAUGUGUGUAAAGGCUUUAGGUGCUGUAGAUUACUUAGAAAUAAGCAAAGAAUUUCACACUGUUAUUCUCCGUCAUAUACCACAGAUGACGCUACGCCAGAAGUCAGCAGCAAGGAGAUUUAUAACAAUGGUUGAUACAUUAUAUGACAACCAGGUACGAUUAAUAUGUACUGCUGAGAAAGAACCUAAGUAUCUAUUCCAGUCCAGUGCUAUAAGUCAGCUAGAUUAUGAAUCUAAUAGAAUGCUUAUGGAUGAUUUAGGGAUACAAGAGCAAUCUGACUUGUCACAAGCGAGUAUAUUCACUGGAGAAGAGGAGUUGUUUGCCUUUGAUAGGACAAUAUCACGACUAACAGAAAUGCAAACAGAAGAAUAUUGGGCACACAGAGAUCCAACAAAAAAUUCUUGAUGAUGGCUCAAUUUAGGAAAUAUAUUGUGAUAUUAGUACCUCAUUAUGCAAUAGUUGCUGCUGACUUUACCCCCAAAGGGUCAUGCCAGUUUUUAUCAUCACUUGGCAUUCAUUGAUGAAUACAUAAAAUAAUACUUUGAAAUCACAUCCAAUUUGGACUAAACUUCAUCUGAAUCCAGUUAUCUUUUCAUUGUUUUACAUGUACAAGCAGAUUAAUCAGCUUUACUGUGAAUAGUUAAUUAGGAUUUGGCAGAUAGAACAGAAUGAUUUUAUGGCUAUCUCUUUUAUUUCGCUGUUGAUUCUGAAAAUAUUAAGACAACUUGGUUGGGACUACAUACAACAAAAGUGACCAAACCUGUAUUUGGAUAUUCUUUAUGGUUAAUUUUGAUAGUAUUACUCCUCAAGUUCUUUUUAAUCUAUGGCUUUCAAAUUUUGGGGUAUCUACACUCUUGAUGAAGGUAAAUUCAGAAAACGUUUCCAUUGCACCAAAUUUAUGUAUUUUUAUUUCCUUUUCAUAUGAUUGUACAAAGAGGGGUAUUAACAUAAUCUCUCUGAGUUUUUUGCCUUCAUGGUAAAAUUUGCAUGAAUAAUCAAUCGGUUGAGCGAUUCAUGCUCCUUGGAGCCUCUAGUUUUAUUUAUUAUCAUUUGUUUAUAGUGAAAUCUUUAUGAUUUUACUUGUUAUUGACUUUUAAUAAACAUUUUAAGCAGAUUG